AUGCGCGCCCAGGGCAACAUCGCCACCUGGACGAUCAUCGCUCUCCUCGGAAACGGCAUGCUUGCCUUCGGCCUUAACGUCGCCUCGUUCCAGACCAACAAGGUUGCGGGUGCCCUUACCAUUAGCGUCUGCGGUAACCUCAAGCAGUGCCUGACAGUUCUCCUCGGCAUCAUCGCUUUUGGUGUCGAGGUCCACCUCUUCAACGGCGCCGGUAUGGUUCUUACCAUGUUUGGCGCUGCGUGGUACAGCAAGGUCGAACUCGACCGCAAGAACAGGCAAUAGAUGUUGCGGCGAUAUGUUUUGGUGGAUGAGAUGCAGACGAACGAGUCACGAUUACUCGGCCCCGGGCAUAUAGCCAAGAGGUCAAAAAUACACACAAUAUGCCCAACAGCGGCAUCCGAACCACGCGCCUUUCUUCGAAGCACCACGGCCGACGGUAUGGUGUCAUAUAUAAACCGGGAACUGAAACGCCAAUCGCCGCUACACCAACAGGCUUCACCUUGGCUUUCUUUCUUCCCAGGUCGUCUUUUCUCUGUAAGACUACAACAGCGGCUGUGCAUCUUUUUCUUUCCAGAAAGAGAAAACGCAAAUACCCCCAGCAAUGCAGCGAAACGCAAACGGAUAGCUUUUUCUUUUUCCAAAGACGGUGCAACCAGCAUAGGGUGGGCAGUGGAUCAGGCAGGGCGACGGGCAUCAAGGGGAACUGACAGAGUAUCCCUUUCUGGCGUCUUUGGAUGAUUCGGUUUGUAAAUCUUGUCAGAGUAGUUCCGAUACAUAAUUGGCCUGACUUUU